AUGCCUCGAGUUGUAGUGACACCAGAACAGAGACAACGACAAGCUCAAAUCGCAAGUAUGGCAGCCAACUGUAUAUUCUGCAAGAUCAUUAAGGGUGACAUCCCAUCAAUGAAGCUCUUCGAGAGUGAGAAGACACUGGCAUUCCUCGAUAUCAAUCCUUUAGCGUACCUCGUAAUCCCCAAACACCACGGCGCCAAACUCCUCGACAUCCCCGACGAACACCUCUUCGAGCUCCUCCCCGUCGCCAAAAAGAUCGCCAACGCAACAGGAGUAGAGAACUACAACAUUCUACAGAACAAUGGACGCGCAGCCCACCAAGAAGUAGACCACGUCCACUUCCACUACAUCCCCAAACCCAGCCCAGAAGAGGGCCUACAGAUCGGAUGGCCACAGCAGAAGCCUGAUAUGGAGAUGCUUAAGAAGUUGUUGGAGGAGAUCAAGGCGAAGACUGUCAUGCAACGCGAGAAGUUCGGAGUCGAGAGCGGGCGGGCGGAAGGAGAAGAGGCGGUGAUAGAAGAUCAGUAUCAAUUGGGGCAAAUGGAGCAGAGGAGGCAGAACGAUGGUGGGAAAAUUGAGUGGAUGGGGACAUUACUCAGGGAAAUGAUUGAACGAGGUGUUGUGCCGAAACGUCGUCUCUCAGACAAUUUGUAG